AAAGUUUCACACUAAUGUCCUUAAAGCCCUAUUCACCAAAAAUAUCCACAAACCAAAUCAAGCAACAAAAAUCAAGAAAAAGCAAAAGAGGGCAGAAAGAGGAGAGAAAUAGGAAGAGCAAAUCCAAAGCAACAAAAUCAAUGGCUGAAACUAAACAAGAAUUAGAACCUCCUCUAUUCCCAACAUCACCAAUCCCACCAUCAGCAACUUCCUCUAUGUUUCUCAUAAAACUUAUGAGCAAAAGAAGAACAUGGGUUUUUCUCUUCAUUACUGUUUACACAAUCUUAUUAUCACUUUCUUGGAAUUUUCUCAAAUCAGUACUUUCUUGGUAUGAAUCAACUCUACCCCUUAGCUCAACUUCAUCAGCUUUAUAUGCAUCUAUGGUAUUAGGAGUUGCUUUUGGAGUUUUAUCAAUGGUAGCAGCUUUAGUAGUUGUUGUUCCAGCUACACUUGUGACAUGGAUUAGUAUAUUGGUUUUAUUAACAUUUGCUGGAAAAAGGAGAAAGGAUUUGGUAUUAGAAGGGAAGAAAAUGACUGCUGAGAUAAUUGGGUUUAUAGUUAAGGUUUUGAUUAGAGAAGGGAAUUUAGUUGCUGCAAUUUGUGCUGUUCUUGGAUAUUUUGCACUUGUGAGAAGAAAUAAAGAAGAUGCUAUUGAUUAUUGAUCAGGAGGUUACGGGUUCGAGCCGUGGAAACAACCUCAGGCCAAGACUGACAUUUCCCUGGCUCUCAUAGCGGGAACUUAGUGCACUGAAAUGCUUUUUUAGUAUUGAUUAUUGAGUUAAAUAAUUAGGGGUGUAAGAGAUUUUUACUUAACUCAGCUUGUAAAAAUAAGUAAGGUCUAAUGUUUUAUUUGAUUUUUUGGGGUUUUCUUUACAUUAUAUAUGUAAAGAGUAUGAUGUUGUGCUGUUUGUAGUAACCUUUGUUUUAUUGUACGAAAAAUACAGAGGAAAAUGAAAUCUAUUGACAAUAUAAUAUCUUGUUUUGAGUUGGAUCUAAGCUAGUUGUAACAAA